GCGUCCCGGCGGCGCAAACCUCCCACAGCAGCUCCAUAAAUACGCACGGGCUCCGCUCUCCUCACUCACUCAAGCGACGAGCCGCUCCUUCGGAACAGUGCUAACCUAACAACUCAGCCUCACCGAGUUGGAGGGCAACACUUGGAGCAGAACAGCACACGACACCCGCCGGAGACACAAAGAGACACCAUGUCGACCUACGUAUCCUCUGAAUGCCGCCGGGUCAGUCCCUCCGUCCACGGCAACAAGUUUGACACGGCGCACCGCAAGAAGGCCGUCGCCAACAUUUUCGAGAACGUCAACCAGGACGCGCUGAUGAGGCUCUUCCAGAAAACGGGCGACAUGAAGGCGGAGGAGAGAGUCAGGAGCAUCUUCUCCUACACCCAGGACCCGGAGGAGACGGCCCGGGCCCUGAUGGCUCUGAAGCAGCGAAAGAAGGACAAGUUCCUCCAGAUCGCGGGCAUGGUCCGACAGCUGCUCAACCUGCGAUGACUGUGUCUCGCCAGUCUUUAACUGCCUGUGUUUCUCUGUCGGCUCAUGUGUGAGCCGAAUGUGAAAACACUCCCAAUUACUGGGUUACAGCCGCAGGUGCGGCUCGCCUGUCGCCCGGAAGGGCCCGUCAGGUGCGGAGAGUGCGCAGCGAGCCGCCCGGAGGGCGUCUUGCAGCUACUGUGGCCUCAGGGACGGAGGCGACGACGGAGAGUCCCGCCUGGAGCGGACGGAGCAAGAUGAAGUGACUGGGAAUACGGAGGGCAUUCGCGUCUUCCUUGAGACUUGAAUUCAUGAAUGCAUUCCAGUGGAUGCAUGACUGUGAAGCAGCACCCUGUACAGUUGCACAUCACUGCGUUGACGCUGGUGCAAAGCUGCAAUAUGUGACUUUAUAGUGCCGAAGAACCUGCCUACAUGAAUGCCUGUCCUGAACACAUGCCUUUUCUCUCAGCUUCACUUUGUUAUAUGAACACUAUUCAUUAGUGGCCACUAAUGUGUUAUUGUCACAAAAUUCUUAUAGCACAAUGAUUUGCAUUUAUUAUGUUCCUUUGUGUGUCAUUUUUAAUAAAUUAUUGGAUUGCAUACAAAAGCUGAA